AUGGCGCCUCGAAGCUGCAUCGCAAUUGUCGCGAGCUUGGCCUUGCUGGCCGCGGCCUCCUGGCCCGAUCCUCCCUUGUCUGGCCGCGAUUUCGACUUUCGGGUUGACUUCAGGGGUCUUGGGCCCCGGACAGCGUCAGCGGCGAGCAGCGGCGACGACGAGGUCCAAUUCUUCACGACAAAUGGUUUCCCAAAAGCCGGCGACGUCAUCCCGGCGAGCCCAGCCUUGUACGAACCCGCCGUCAUCCGCCUGCCGCUGCCCGACGACGAGAUGCGCAAGGGACGCUACAUUGCCUUUUUCGAAAUAUCCUUCAUUCCGACCGGCGACACCAUUGACGAGGUCAUUUACGCUUUCGCCUGGUAUCGGACGAACCUGACGGUGAAUGAUUCGGGCGAGCUUGUAAGAACCGACGACACCAACAGCCACGAUGCAAAGUCGCCCGAGAUUCGCGGCCGCGAAGUGCGCAACGCGACGAUCCAGGUGUGGAAGCAGACGGAGAACCUGCAACAGUACAUUGACUCGGUCGAGAGCGGGCGCAUCCCCAUGCCGCUCAAGUUUGCGCUGACGACCGUCUUUGCCAACAACACCGACGAGGUCUCGUACGAGUUUGAGCGCGCCAGCAUCGACUUCAAGAUCCAGAACAAGACGGGCGUGGCCCGCUGCGACGUCAACAGCAACGGCGCGCCCAUUCCGAGCGUCUCGCGCGGCGCCACCGACUGCCUGGCGACGGCGACGAGCACGGCAAAGUCGGGAGGCAGCAGCGGUGCCGGCGCCGGUGCCAGCUCCACGGCAAGUCCCAACCCGACAUCUAAAAAGAAUGCGGCGGCUGGUUUCCUGGCGUCUCCGGUCUACGGAUGGCUGGCCAUGGCGGUUGCGGGAGUCUUGAUUUUGUAA